GGAAACCCGUCUCACACUCACAGAUCAUCCAGUGCUUUCCCUGACUCUACCUCCACUCAAAGUGUCUCCUCGAUUCUCACGCCUAGUGCUGCCUGCAAGACGGCCUCCCCGUCUCUCUCCAGGCAUUUGGAGCACACUUUCAGCGCUUCGUAUCACUGUUUCUGGGAGACCGACAAUCGUAACUCCCCAGCAGCCACGCCCUAAAAUCGUCGCAGAUAUGGCUCCUAAGCCAGGAUUCUAUGCCGUUGCGACAGGCAGACAUCCGGGGGUCUACAAGACAUGGCCUGCGGCGGAGGAGCAAGUCAAGGGGUUUCCGAGUGCCAAAUACAAAAAGUUUGCCACUGAGCAAGAAGCAAAAGAUUUUGUCACUGCUGCCGGAGAUGCUCUUCCUUCCCAACCGCCUCCAAUUGGUAAAAGGAAACGAGCUGAAAUGGAAGACAGCAAAGCGCCACCCGUUGAUACCCAUUUUCAAGCCACUUCCCCGGCAACAGUGGCCUCACCUGCAUCUUUACCACCGAAAUUACAAAAGAUAGCUCAACAGGGUUUUAGUUUUACUAAGUCUGUUCCACAUUAUCUUGUUGUCUAUACAGAUGGCUCCGCCAAAGGAAAUGGACAAGUAGGCUCAAGAGCAGGAGCUGGGGUUUGGUGGGGCAGUCGAGGAGAAGCGUCUAAACAAAACUGGGCGGAGAGAGUCCCAGGAGAGCCACAAACUAACAACCGAGGAGAAUUGCUCGCUGUGAUACGAGCCAUUGAAAGAUGCCCUUUUCCCGAUAUCCCACUUGAAAUACGAUGUGAUUCCCAAUACACCAUCUCCUGUAUGACCAUUUGGCUUCCAAAAUGGAUGAAUAACAACUUUAGGAACAGUUAUAAACAAGAAGUCAUCAAUACAGAUUUGAUCAAACAUCUCCUAGUUCUUCUCAGGCGAAGAGGAGCAGCCGGGAGAGUCAAAUUCAAGUACGUGCCUGCGCACAGCGGAGUAGAAGGGAAUGAGGCGGCCGACAGGCUAGCGCGCACAGGCGGUGCAUUGCCUUUCGUUUCAGAUGAAAGUAACUGGCUUGAUCCAGAGGAUGAGGUCGUUCCUUGCGACUCAGAAACUAACCCAACAGAGGUUGAAUUGGAGAUUGAUGAAGAUUGGCUGAUGACCGCGGAAGAGUUAGCCGCACUCGAACAACAGCUUGUUUAGUACGCUUUGUAAUGGGACAAGUAGUAGUUCUUGUCUCAUGGAUCAGCUGCCAUGAAAGGAUGGACAUUCAUAUCCACCACGUAAUCGGAAAUCAAUCUGCUUUUUGGUCUAGUCCUACUGCCAUCGAUUCUUGCUUUAGCCUUUGCCUUUCGGUCUUCCUCUCUUCCCCCAUAGCUUUUUGCCUGGCUAUCCAUUCGGCUUUAUCCAUUUUGAUAGGGUUGGCGUUACUAGAGAGAUGUUAGAAGGUAUCAGAAGGGGGCAUAAAACCUACUGCUUGUGCGCUCUUGUCUUAGUAUGCUGGUCCCAUUCUCUCAAAAGUACUGAACAUGGAUUAUUGGGAGUUGAACAUACUUCGCAUAUUUUACGAGCGUUUAUACUUUGCCGACUAACCCAACGUAAGCACGAGAAGACCAUGAUCGGUGAGCGACUCACUCUGCAGUAUUCGGUACAAUGCCAUUUUCCUCCAAAGAAUGCAACAGCUCUUUUGCGUUCACAUGGCCCACCUCCAAAUUUGACGGUACUUUCUCUCGUUUCAAGAAUUUAUGCAAGAUUUCGGUUGCCAGUGGGACUCCUGUUUCCCCCCCAGGAACAACAUAUACUUCAACUUCGCCCCCCAAUGAGCGGGCUUCCCGCACCGCUGGCAAGAACUGCUUCUUUA